AUGCCGCCGGUCACUGCCCUCUGGGUGAAGGAGGGUGUCGCGGCUCUGGCGGUGUUCAACGAUGGAAGCUGUGAGGACCUCUUCCGCCAUGGGAAGAACCUGUGCAAGGACAUGCUGGGCGACAUCGUUGAGAACGAUGGAGGAGAAUAUACCACCACUCCCCUGCUGCAGAAGUCUCUGGAAGCGGAGGUCGAACCCUUCUGUUCGGCGCACUGCUGCGUGGUGUCUGGAAAUGAUGUGUAUGGCGUCGGUGCGGCUUCCAACAAGAAGCAGCGGACGCGUGCAGCCUACGUCGCAGCUGCAGUCCAUGAAAUGGCUCGGAAGUGGCAGCCCUCCAAUGUGGAGCACGAGCUGCUCAGGAGAGGAUGGCAGUGGGAAGAUCAGAUCAUGGUGUCACUGACGAAGCUCGUCGCGGAGGCCGUCGAAUGCCUGAAUGACUUGAGGAAGGGUCCCCAGCGUCAGCCGCCACCACCGGCAGACACCAGUCCGCCCAGAGCGCAGCCUGCACCGCCGCCUUCAUGGCAGUCCAGUCGGCCCACAGGCCAGGGCGCGCAGCCAUACAGCGCGCCACGCGUCGAGCUUUGGCAUCCGGAUCCCACCCAGCCAUUAACUGCCUCCGAUGUACGAAAAACUACCCAGGGCUUCCUGAUCCGGGGCCCCGAAAGCUGGGACUGA